AUGAAGCGCCCAGAGCGGUACCGUUCUCGUGAUUCCCGUGAUCGUCGCGACCACGAUAAGAGGUCGUCUACAAACUAUGAGAAACAUGAACGUCACGACAACCAACCUGUUGAUAUGCAACUAAGUUAUGGAUCGGAUGAUGAGGAAUUCGAGCGAGCGCACCAUGGAAAUCGAGGUCGUGAUCAUCAUCAUGAUCAAAUUAGGGGACCGGUAGAACGUGACGCACCACUUCUACCUCCCGAGGAUGAAAUAAGACAAGGAAUUCUGUUCGAAUAUCUUAACUACUACGAGGUACGUGCUUCUACAAUAUAA